AUGUCUGAUAAGCAACUGCAUCUGUUCGCAUUUAUGCGGCCCGUCAGUCUUCACACUGGCGCAUGGCGGUACCCAGGAGCAUACGCAGACGCCAACUUCAACAUCUCCCACCUCAGAUCCUUCAUCCAAAAGCUAGAAGCCGCCAAAUUCGACGCCUUCUUCAUGGCCGACCACCUCGCCGUCCUAAACAUGCCCAUAGAAGCUCUAAGACGCAGCCAGACCGUCACCUCCUUUGAACCAUUCACGCUGCUCGCCUCUCUCUCGGCAGUAACAGAGAAAAUUGGUCUCGCUGCCACUGCGUCCACAACAUACGAUGAGCCCUACCACGUUGCGCGGCGUUUUGCCUCUCUUGACCAUCUCAGCGGCGGUCGUGCGGCCUGGAACAUCGUCACCACGUCUAACCCAGACGCCGCCAAAAACUUUGGUCGGGACGAGCACAUGGAUCACUCAGAUCGGUAUAAGCGCGCCAAGGAGUUUUACGACGUUGUGACGGGGCUAUGGGACAGUUUUGCAGACGACGCCUUCAUCCGGAACCAAGAGACGGGCAUAUUCCUGGACCCGGAGAAGAUUCACACCCUCAACCACGUGGGCGACGAGCUCAAGAUUAAAGGCCCGUUGAACAUUGCCCGGCCAGUUCAAGGAUGGCCGGUGAUUGUGCAGGCCGGACAGUCCGAGCCAGGGCGACAGUUGGCUGGCGAAACAGCCGAGGCAGUCUUUGCCGCCGUAGGCAACAUCGAAGCAGCAAAGUCUGUAUACGCAGACAUCAAGAGCCGCGCAGUUGCCGCAGGUAGAAAGAGGGAGCACAUCAACAUUCUCCCAGCCGCCAUGGUAAUCAUCGGCGACACCGUCCAAGAAGCCAAAGAGAAGCGACUCAAGCUCGACAGCCUCGUCAACUACGAGAGCGCCAUUGCCAGCUUGUCCAUUUCCCUCGGCACGGAUGCCACCAAGUUUGACCCAGAUGGGCCCCUGCCCGCAGACCUGGGCGAAAACAACGCCAGCAAAACAGGCCGCGACAACGUCGUGAGGGUAGCACAGGAAGAGGGACUGACUGUGCGGCAACUGGCCCAGCGGUUUGGAGGAUACGGUGGCUUGGCCUUUGUAGGCACGCCGGAGAGCGUUGCCGACGAGUGGGAGAAGUGGCUCAAGGAGGAGGCGUCUGAUGGCUUCGUCGUGACGUUUCCGUUUCUGCCGCAGGGAAUAGAUGACGUGGUGGAGAAGCUGGUGCCGGAGCUGCAACGCCGGGGCAUCUUCCGAAAGGAAUAUGAAGGGAAUACUCUGCGUGAGCAUCUCGGCUUGCCAAGGCCGGAGAAUAGGUUCUUUCCUGCGAAGGCUUAA